GUGGGGUCUCAGCUCUCCAUCUCCCUCCCCCCCUCCCUCGCUCCCUACCUCCCCCGGGCGCUGCUGGGAGCCUCCGGGCUGCUGCGCCGCAGGAGGAUGUCUCGCAGGGAGUCUCUGCCGCCGCCCUCACCGCCUCCACCUCCGCAGCUGCUGGGAGUGCGGAGAGGAGAGGUGGAGAGUGAGGAUCGUCCGGAGCGUGCUGAGCCGCUGUCCGAUGCCGAGAGGGAGAUCGUCCAGGACACGUGGGGGCACGUCUACAAGAACUGCGAGGAUGUGGGGGUGUCUGUGCUGAUAAGGUUCUUUGUCAACUUCCCAUCGGCCAAACAGUACUUCAGCCAGUUCCAGGACAUGGACGAUCCAGAGGAGAUGGAGCGAAGCAGCCAGCUUCGACACCAUGCCCGCAGGGUGAUGAAUGCCAUCAAUACUGUGGUGGAGAACCUCCAUGACCCAGAGAAGGUAUCAGCAGUGCUGGCCCUGGUGGGAAAGGCCCAUGCUAUUAAACACAAGGUGGAACCCAUGUACUUCAAGAUCCUGAGCGGCGUCAUGCUGGAGGUGUUGGCUGAAGAUUUCCCAGAAUUCUUCACAGCAGAGGUGCAGAUGGUGUGGACCAAACUGAUGGGGGCGGUGUACUGGCAUGUGACAGGAGCCUACACAGAGGUGGGCUGGCUCCAGGUCUCCAGCUCAGCCGUGUGAACAGUUUGGAGGAAGAGUGGGUAAAAAAAGUUUCACUUGCAAAGAGUUCUGUGAGGAUGGUUUCACAGACAUGGAUGAGAUUAACUUGGUAAUCCGUGCAACUCUGUACUUUAUUUUGGUGACGUUUUGGGUGCUAAGCCUUCAUUGCUGUGGUGUUUCUACAUUGUAGUUUCCAGAGAUCACUUGGACACCAAAAAAUAUAGCCAGAACACAUUUUUACAUUUGUUCUAAUGAAGUUUUAGCCAGUAUAAGUGGCACUUUGGUCUGUGUUUUGAACCAUGCAGCUAUCACUGCUAAUGCCAACUAUCCAGCUCUUCUACUGUAUUCCAAACAAAUGACUGUUUCUGCCAAAAGCAUACAACAUGACCCUUCGCUAAGCCCUACCCCCCUUAGUUACUGUCAGCAGGCCUGUCGAGCUUUUCAGUCUCAUCACAAACGCAGUUUACAAUGACAGUGUUGUCAGAUUACCUCUCAAAAUUCUUGCUAACUUUUGCCACCCAUUCUUGUUUCCAGGAGAUUUUAUCCUCUAUCGCUAGCUAGCUAAUUAAUGUUAGCUUACUUCAUUAUGCUAAUACCAACCAACUUGUAGUAACAAAAAUCAUGUUAAAGGGUCUUAAAUAUGCACCUGAAGGCUACAUAACAGCUACCUGGUGUUACGCUAAAAGGCUAAAGCUACAUGUGCUAAUUAAAAACACAGUAUCUUAACCAUGAAACAUGAAGGACACAUAGAAACAAAGGAGCAGUAUUGUUCUUGUUUUGGGGCAUGGCUAUAUACAGUGGUUCAAACAUUAUUCUACAACAGAAGAAAAGUGUGAAGAAAUAUACUGUAUUAUAGCAAUGUGGUAAAAGGAAAAUGAAAAGGCACUGGAGAAAGCUACUACCAUGUGUAAUAAGCUAGUUAGCCGAACAUGCUAACAUUUGCAGCUAAGAUUAGAACAGACCAACACAUUAUUAAUGUAACUGUACUCUUUACAUUUUUGGUGUUUUUGAUUGGAAAAAUAACAGUCUUCAAACUCUUGAAUACCAUAUAUUAAUCUCACUACAGCACACUGCUUUAGCAUGUUGAGAAAUCCAAUGUUUGGCUAAUCUUUAUAAACAGAUACCUGCAUGUAUGCAGAAUCUGUAGGCAAUAGGACAAAAUUUUGGUAUUAUAGGCAUUCUGGUUUCUGUUAGUGGUCCGAGUAUGUAUUGAUCAGUCACGUUUGCGUGAACUUUGGUUGCCUGCAGGUUAACAGUCCAUGUGCAGAGCAAAAAAGGCAGAGGGCAUUAGCUGAAAUAUAAUCUUGGAACCCAUCGACUAUUAUCUGAUGAUGAUUUAGUUUUUUAUUGUUUUUUUUGCCUGAUUUAUCUGCAUUCAUAUGAAGACAUCUGUUUAGAGAGAUUGGCAGAAAUGUUGUCUGGACCUGUCUCAAGUUGCCAAUCAAACUGUAAGCAAUGACCACAGAAGAGGAAGUUUUGGCUCAGAUAUCAUUGCCCCCAGAGGCCGUAUCUUCCCCAGACGAUAGCUGAUGGGUUCUGAGAUUGAAGCUUGAUAGGCCUGCUGUUUGUAGUUACAGAUAUAAGCUAACCUUAUGUUGGACAGUUGCUCUUCAGGGUAGGAUUUAGCGAACGGUCAACUGGGAAUUGCAGAAGGAGACAUUUAUUUAUACUAAUAUGUUACGGAUUAUGACUUUACAGAGUUCAUUUCUGUGGAAACCUGCAGUGAGAGAAGCAUCUUCCGGCUGAGCCACACAUAUGAAUACACCUCAUGAUAUUUUGAGAAACGAGAUAGAGAAAUGUUUAAACAAGAAGUGAUUUUUAAGCUCUGAGAGGGGGCAGUUAGUUGUUGAAGCCCCGGCUAUGGGACCAUGGAGCUGCUGACUGUUAAUAGAUUCUCUUUGUGUCCUACUACAGUAUAUCCUCAUGUUUAGGGGACCUGCGCCCCUUUCUCUCUCUAUUGAUGCAUUGCGUGCUCUCAAUGUCUUGUUUAACUUUACCGAGGUGUUGUUUGUAUAAGUGUACAGUGGGCAAGUGUGCAUACUCUUCUGCCUUUGUUUACAACUCAUUGGCACGUCCGUCUGUUGACGUGUUAAAGAGGGCUGUUUUUUCUUUGCUAAGUUUAGCAACGAUGCUUUAAGUUUCUUCUUGCCUAUCACUUUCAUUGCACAAACACUGACACGCAAACAUUGUAAAAGUGAGAUGGAAAAUAUCAGCGGGUGGACACAAUCAGCAACUGCACAUUUACACACUCACACACUAAGCAUGCUAUAGGACCUCCCCUGUGCUAAUAUUUAGAGGACUGUCAGUUAGUUUACCUCUUCAAAAUCCCAUCAGAGAGACGUGCCGCAUUAAAGACUCCAUUAAGGGCUUUAGAAAGUCACUCUGGAGGUCUACAGAAAACUCGUCAGCUUUAGAGGUACUAUCAGUCUACCAGUCUCUUUGGACUUCAGACCCAUCUAACAUGAGAAAUGAUAUCCCAAUACAUUCAAAUAUGAAUUGCACUGCCUUUGUUCUAACAUAAUGGAUGCUUUCUUCACAACUGACAACAGUGGAAGCCGCGCAGACAUAUUCAAUUAUCCACCACUCGUCAAACAUGCUGCAUACUGUCAAACUAACUUUCUUUACCUUACUCAACCUCAUCUUCCUGUCAUCGACACUUCAGUAAUUAGAUUCUUUGGACUGCAUGCGCUCCUGCUAGCUGUCCCCAUCUGCGAGUCUCUCUGGUCAAUUCCCAAACAUAAACGGCAAAUCUGUUUAGGAUGGACAUUUGAUCCAAUCUUCAGUUUGCAUCUGCUCCAGUGACGUCCUGUAUCUCCCAUCUGACUACCCUUGGCAUCGGCAUCUGGCAUUAAUGAGGAAGUAAUGAGUCUCCUCUCCUUCUCAUUUGGUCAUUCAUCUACUGUAACUUCCCAUUGCCUCUGUUAGGACCGCAUCACUGAGAGCAAAAACAAUUAUGACUGGACAGAUGGUCUUAAACCCACCACACCAUGGCAGCCAUUCACAACAAUAGUUCAUAAAAAAUGUCUUUCAUUCCCUUCAAACAUUCAUAUAAUGUUACAAGUGACUUCCUGAAGGUAUUAAUUAUACAUUACGCUGUGCCUCAGAGGUUUCCAAACUUUUUCCAUCAGCUUUCUUUUGGAAGCUGGAAAAACUCACGGCCCCCCUGAGGUGUAAAUUGAUUGGAUUUUUAUCAACCAGGACGAAUUCUGGGGAAAGUUUUUAUUUUUUACAGAAGCCAAGUAUAAUUUUAUUGAAGUAUCAUUAGCAGGGACUGCAUAUUUCUGCAAGUCAAACACAGGCUGCCAAAGUUAGUGAACACAAAAACACAAGGCUCUCCUGCUGUAUUGACAGUGAACUCAAGGGUAAGCAAUGCUUCAUAUUUUGAAUAAGAAUGAUGUUUUUGCUUGAUGAGCAUUACUUUUUUUUUCUUAAUUCCCCCUUCAAACCUCUGCCCAUCUUGUUCUUUAUGCUACAUUAUCUGAAUAAAUCUUUCUAACAGGAAUCAUGAAUACCUCACUGGUAUUUGAGAACACUUGUUUCUUUAUUGAACGCAGGUGGAACUAAUAACCACAACUCCAUUCCUGCAAUUAUUGCAACACACCAAAUAAAUAUGCCAUUAGAUACCUGUUUUUGGAAAGUCAAAAUGUCUCUUGGUCUGUUUAACUGAAGUUUAAUUCAGUAUAUGCUUUCCCCUUUUAUUUGCUCAUGCACUGUUCCUACAUUGUCCUACAAAAGGUAAUGCACCAUAAUUUGUACGUAUCCCACGUAAUGAUUAGCCAGUAAUUCGUGCAUAACCCACAUAUUUUGGAAGCUGCAAUCACAUGACCAAUGCAACUGACAAAAAUAAAGAAAAAGGCCAUCUCAAGUGGUUCAGUAAGGAGGCAGGUUGGAGCAGUGGAUGAAUCACAAAACAUAGGACUUUUCCCCGGACUUUCCGAGGAGACAGGUGUUGGGAACUAUGUGGACUUUAAAUGAACUUUUAAGGUACACCCUGACCAUGUUUCAUUUCCAAAAUCUCAGCUCAGUAACUGUACUUGCCUAAACCUAACCUCUGUAAUUUUAUGUUAAUGAUGUAACUUUGCAUUAAGGACAUUCGUAGGGCGCUAAUUCGUAAAAUAUCAUACAAACUAUUGUAUGAAGAUAUGCUGAAUGGCUUUGUGCCCUUCCCUAGUUUGAGAACCACCGCCUUGGGCCAAACUGUUAAAUCAUCAAUUAAAUGUCUUCCUGCAUUUAUAGACAUGUUCAGUGUGUGCAUAAAUAAAAACUGAAAAACUAAAAAUGUUAAAAAUUGUGUGUCACUAAUAGCAAAAUGAGAGUGCAAUGGAAAAAGGCUUAGCAAAUAAACACUUGAUCUUGAUUCACCCAACUCCAGUAAAAUAUCCAUGGAUGGAAAUGUGCAUUAAUUCACAUUUUCCUUUGCAGAUUUUUGGGCUACAUUUAUAUGGGCAGCGGAGUAUAAAGGUGGUUCCAGUGUGAGCUGUAGUAAAUAUCUCCAAGUAUCUCCCCUGAAAUGGCAUUAUAAAUUAUUCCACAUCUGUGUAUGGAAGCCAUUAAGAUCCAAGAACAAAUCUCAGUAUCUCAAGUCAGUAUCUUGUUCCUGUGAUGUAACCUUUUAGUUUCCUUGAGAUAAGGAGAUGCUAUGAAAAAAUGUGUUUUCUUGAGAUAACAACACAUUAUAACUUGUGAUCAUAACAACAGGGUUAAAACAAUAAUUGCAACCACAGCCGCUCUCGGCUUCAGUACCUGUAAAAACUGGCCAUUUACAUUCAGUGUAACUUCACUAAGAGUUCCUUUUCAAGUUGAACCAGAGAGUCGUACUCCAAUAAAUGGAUAAAAAUACUUGCAGGAGUCAAACAAACCUCAAAGUAAACUAUUUCCACUUUGGUUCAAAUAGCUGUAGAGGCAGUACAGCUGUUGUCAGUUAUAAAUGAUCCGUUUCAAAAUACACACCAGUCCUAUUCUUUGCCCGACUUCUGACGUCAGCGUCACUCUGAGGUCAGACCUCAAGCACCUCGAGUUUCACGAGUAUUUUUGUUAAGCAGAGUUCCCCCGACAUCUUGUUUAUUAAACACUGUGUGGUGAGAAAUCUGUCUGCAAACACACAGACACACACACACACACACACACACACACACAAUGGAGAUGAACUGUUGCUAUUGCUAAGGUGCAGGUUCUGUGUGUCCCUCUUCAUGUAUAUGCAGCAUGUUCCUCGUCACACCAUAAACACACACACACUCACGCACAAUUAUGUGCAGACACAUCCCAAUAAUGCUUACUCACUUUCUUAAUCACUUUACUCACACACACACACACACACACACACACACACACACACAUGCACACACAUGGUCUUGCAUUUAAUUGGCGAGUUGGGCAUGUCCUCGCAUGCCAAGUGUACUACAGCAGCACCUCCAAUAUACAUUUUCAAUAAUCCUAAGACAAAAUUAGACUCAAUAACUCAUUUCACACAACAUCCAUUCUUUUUCAGCAAAUAAGGGCAUCACAGCAUAUGUGGAACUGUGUGUUUUUGUUGUGAAAUGUUUCUGUCUAUCAGUUGAAAAGUUAGGACUUUAUAUUUUUCUAAAUAUAUCUAUGAGAAGGAUUCUAUGUAUUUGAAUACUGUAUCUGAAUAUGUCAUUGUAUACUGCGUUGUUGGUGGGAGAGAGUGCAGUGGCUUUGUAGUGUUUUGAGCAUGUUUGCACAGCCUACCACAGACUUGUAACCUCGCAGACCUGGUGAAAAUGAAUCAUGACCAUCAAUAAACUAUACUUGUAAAUUUG